AUGGAUUCCUCGCACGACGACAACCCCUACUUCAGCCAGGCCCAGCGCCCGCGGCCACGCUCGGCGUCCUUGGCCGAGAGCAGCCAGAGGCCGGGCCUGCCGGCAUUUCAAAUACCCAGCAGCCGCGCCCGCAAUGUCCAAUUUCGACCCUUGGACCGCCAGCAAUCCUCUGUCCGCCUGCGACGGCUACGAGUGCCAAUGGCCGCGGCACCCACAGCAGCAGUAGCACCGGACCUCAGCCCCAUCACUGACCAGCCCGAGCCUACCGGACUGCCCCAGCAGGACCAGAUCACAGUCGCCGGCCGCCGGCGGGCCUCCUCCGAGCCUCGGCGCUCGACCGGUGACCAGAGCAUCACCACGGCCGAUAUCAUGAAACCGCUUCCUGCCCUGCCGGAACAUAACCUUACCCCGGGCCCUCGCGACGAGCCCGCGCUCACCCCGGCCACCACCAACAUUCUCGACUUCCAAACUGACCAACCACCGUACGCCUUCCACCCCGAACAUUUGACUGUGGAGGAGCAGGCCCGGAUACCACGUUCUCGUCGCGGAACCAUUGGCUCAAUCCGCGAUUUGGCCAGGAGACGACAUGCUGCACAUCAGAGACAGGAGCCCGGACCAGAGGAUGAAUAUGACUCGAGGAUCGUGGAUUUACUGGAUGUUAUUGAUCCCGAAGUUUCAACGCUUUCCUCCAUUACCAAUGUCCAGAAUUCGCUCUUCGUUCCUUCUCUUGGAAGAUGGAUAGACCGAAGACCUACCUACGACCUGUCCGAAUACCCCGCGCCGCCAGGUGCCUAUCCGUCGUCAUCGGAAGAGGAUAUCUCAGUAUCGGAGGAGGGUCCGGAGGAGCCGGCUCAGCCGGGUCUGAGGCGCUCCCACAGUUUCUCUACCGUCCUCACAGCACCUCAAUACGCGAUUCUCCCCGACAAUGCGACGCUAGAAGGUUGGACGGCACAGGAUAUCAAGUUGCUGAACGACCACGUCCGCCACAUGCUUCACUCCAAGAGAUCCAAGCUCAAGCAGCGUAUGCGGGCCUUUGGGAAAUACGUCAGGAGACCCCUUGGUUUCUUCAUCACCCUCUACGCCACACUCAUCACUCUUUUUGGCCUCGCCUGGGUGCUCUUCCUCAUCGGUUGGAUCUAUGUCGGUUCUGAACGGCAGCCGUAUAUCAUCAACGUCAUCGACAAUGUCCUCGUCGCCUUGUUUGCCAUCAUGGGUGACGGCCUCGCACCCUUCCGUGCCGUGGAUACUUACCAUAUGAUUUUUAUAGCGCAUUACCAUCGCAAGACCUGGAAAAUACGCAAGCGGUUGCUCCUUUCCGACCUGAAAGACCACAACGACCUUCCCACAGAAGGCGCCUUCACCGACGCAUCUGAUCUCGAAGCUGCUCUUCGCACCUCCAGUACCAACGACGGCGAGCCCCUGUCCCUUGACAACAUCGCUGUCUUGCCGCCCAAGCAGCAGGACCGCCUGGUGCACCACCAACAGAAGCUUGCCAAGUCGCAUACAUUCUACAAGCCGCACGAGACCGAGACCCACCGCGCGUUCCCCCUGCAUCUGCUCAUCGUGAUCAUCUGCCUGUUGGACCUGCACAGCUGCCUACAGAUCUCGCUUGGCGCCGUCACGUGGGGUACCGACUGGCAUACGCGCUCCGCGGUGCCGACAACUACGAUCCUGUGCUGCUCCAUCACGGCCAACUGCUGCGCCGGUAUCCUGAUUGCUAUCGGCGACAGGCGCACGCGCAAGAAGGAGGUUAUUGAGCGCAUGUUCAAGCAGGACCUGACGAGGCAGGCGAUGCGCAAAGUGCAGAAGCGAAACCGCAAGGCCGAGGAGAAGGCGGCGAGACGCAGCGAGGACCGGGAGGGGUUCAGGGAGAAGCUGCAGGAAGGCUUGCCGUGGCUCGAGGGGGCGGGCCGGAAGAGCUCCGACCUCAGCCGGAAGGGCGGUGCCGGGGCGGGGUCCCCGACGGCCGGGUCUGGGGAACCGCGAAAGAGUCGUGACCUCGCAGGCCGAUUUAAUGUUGCGGCGUCCGGGCCGGCCGGUAUGAGGAAGAGCUUUGACAUGGUGAGGAAACCCUUGAGGAGGAGUGAGGACAGGAUACCGCCGCGGAGGAGCGAGGAUGUGGGCCGGGUGCCCGGAGGAUUCCCCUCGUCGCCUGCGUAG